CUCGCCCUUGUCUCGACGGCUAGCACAACAAUAUGACAACGCUUACCGUACGAACCGCUCACCACGAUCUAUACUCAUGCAAUUCCCCGGAGACGCUAGCCUCGGGCCCGACAAGCAUGACACUACAACCUGCCAAUUCAAAGGAUCAAGUAUCUUCGCUCGUCGUGUACAUGAAGACAAUGCAUCUGUCACCGUCUACGCUGUCAUUACGAAGGCAAACGCGCCUGGCCCGUCUCGAAGCCUCCCGCACGCGCGCUCGAGAGCAACUGGAGUCUUGUCCGGAAACAACACCUGAGGAACUUGUCGUAAAGAGCUUGGAGCGGGCUAUCUCACUCCUCGGCGAUCUGGCGCGUGACACCGAGGAGCGCGCGAGGCAUCUCCACGCCUGUCUUCGCGACAGGAAGGCGGUGGUGGAGAUGGAUCCCUCGAAGUAUCAGGAUACGCAGAAGGAGCGAUGGAUGGCAGAACGCAGGGCGGCUAUACUGGUCGAGGACGCUAAGGCUACCAAGAACAGACUAGACGCACUUCGUCAGGGUCAGGUUCUAGUAAGACCGUUAGAUCGUCGAGAGGCCAACCUCAUUCGCAUGGCCGAAUGUUCUUGUACGCGGGUGCCGCUGCGGCAUAACAGGCGUCGCCCCGGCUUCGCCAACGCGUCUCCGUCGUGCUCACCACGUGCACACGGCCAACUCCUCCUCCCUUUCAUCCUCUCCUUCUCACGAACAUCUCCGUUACCGUCCUCUCCUUUGCGCGACGACCAGUCUUUCACACUCUCGGUACCCAAACCGCCUCCUUUGCGUGCACGCAACAAAGAGGAGCGACAAGGAAAGCCGGAAUCUUCGGGGCGAUCUACGUCGUCCUCGCUGACGUCGACCGCACACGGUGCACCAUCCACGCCGACGUCAGGCGCCAUGCCGCUGUCGCUUGGGUCACCCAAGAUGUUCAAGCAAUCUGCACCAGCCGGCACCGCGACGAUAUACCUACCAUCGCAAGGUCGCUCGCGCGCCGACAUCCUGGCCGAAGUGGACGUAUCGGACGUCGGUAUUCCGGCAUACGCGCGAGAGCUCUUAGAUGAGUUCGACGUUGACGUCGACCCGGAGUCCCGCGCCCACCUUCCAGCCGCGUUGCAGAACAGGCCGUCGCCGGGCUCCGGCCAGCGACCGUAUCCGUUCAUCCCCGAUCCACGCGCGAAGCCGUCUAUGGAGUCUGCCUUUACGCUCAUCUCCGCAGGGUCAUCAGCGGAGCACAUUUCGCCUACUCAGACUCCUCGAGCUUCGAAGAGAACGAGCGCUUUGUGGCCCGGACGUCUGGUGCAGAAGCGCACCUCGGCCCUCGCCGUGCUAGACCCCGUGCAGCCUCCAUCGACCACGAAGGGCAUGCGCUCUCGUCUGUCCACUUUGUUCAACAUAGGUGAAGAAUCGCUCAGAGAGGCAGAUCCAUCGCCUACGGGCGGCGAUCCUUCUACACCUCGUGCGACACGACAGAGAGGCAGAUACGACAGUCAGCGGUCCACCGGGACCGUGCGGAAGCUCAGGAAUCGCUUCUCGAUCAUCGGCAAACGAUAGUGUGGUGUCUGUUCAAUCUAUAGUUGCGGACUUUCUCUUCAUUCAUCAGCGCGUCUGUCUGUUUUCCUGAUUUCUUCUGUUUUACCCACAUGUUUGCAAUCCUAGGCAGUCACCCUCGUUGCGUCCAUCCUUUGUUCCUCCUCCAACGCAUGUCACAUAUCAAUACGGACUUGUUCACCUUCAUGC